CCUGACCUGGGACCCAAUUCCUAAGCUUGCUGGACAAGCGUUUUGCUCGCUCUUGUUUGGCGCUCCUCCCAACUCUUUUCAAAGCAUUGUUUCCCUCCAUCUUGCACUUCAGUCUCUUUCUGUGUAAUCCCUCACUCUCUCGGCCUAAUCGAUCUUUGGCGGUGUGUAAUUGGCUAGUAUGGAGCAGCAGAGACACCAGAAAAUGGCACAGCAACAGCAACAGGAGGAGGUCGAGGAAGGACAGCACGGCCCAUUCCCUGUAGAGCAGCUUCAGGCAUCAGGCAUUGCUUCGCUUGAUGUAAAGAAGCUGAAGGAUGCUGGUCUUUGCACGGUUGAAUCUGUUGCUUACACACCUAGGAAAGAUCUUCUUCAAAUUAAAGGAAUAAGUGAAGCUAAAGUUGACAAGCUCAUUGAAGCAGCUUCAAAACUUGUUCCUUUGGGUUUCACCAGUGCCAGCCAACUUCAUGCCCAGAGGCUUGAGAUAAUUCAGAUGACAUCUGGGUCAAGUGAACUGGACAAAAUUUUGGAAGGAGGGAUUGAGACAGGAUCUAUUACUGAGAUAUAUGGUGAGUUCCGCUCUGGGAAGACUCAACUCUGUCAUACACUUUGUGUCACCUGCCAACUUCCAUUGGAUCAAGGAGGUGGUGAGGGAAAAGCAAUGUACAUUGAUGCGGAAGGCACAUUCAGGCCACAGAGACUCUUACAGAUAGCUGAGAGGUUUGGGCUGAAUGGUGCUGAUGUCUUGGAGAAUGUGGCCUAUGCUAGAGCAUAUAACACCGAUCAUCAGUCAAGACUUUUGCUUGAAGCAGCUUCAAUGAUGGUGGAAACAAGGUUUGCUCUUAUGAUAGUAGACAGUGCUACUGCUCUUUAUAGAACAGAUUUCAAUGGGAGAGGUGAGCUGUCAGCCCGGCAAAUGCAUCUUGCAAAAUUCCUAAGGAGCCUCCAAAAGUUAGCAGACGAGUUCGGGGUAGCUGUUGUGAUUACAAACCAAGUAGUUGCACAAGUGGAUGGUUCUGCCAUCUUUGCUGGACCUCAAAUUAAACCUAUUGGUGGUAACAUCAUGGCUCAUGCUUCUACAACAAGGCUUGCUCUUCGUAAAGGAAGGGGAGAGGAGCGCAUUUGCAAAGUCAUUAGUUCUCCCUGUUUGGCUGAGGCUGAAGCCCGCUUUCAGAUUUCCACAGGAGGUGUAGCUGAUGUCAAGGACUAGUUCCUUCGAAGUCGUGUUUUUCCUUUUUGUUUGAUCAAUCUGUUAUUAUAUCAAUGAUUCAGCCAUCACAAUUCACUACUCUGUAAAAUUUUGUCUGCAAUGAAACAUACCCAAUUUU